AUAUAUGGGACUUUCUUUAGUCCCUCGGUUCAUUUUCAGGACUUAGUCCUGUGUUUGAUUUUCAGCCUUUAGAUUUCUUGUUUUAGAAAAUGGAUGGUGUGAUUUAGUUGUUGGGUUUAUUGGGUGUGAAAGUACUGUUAUGGCCUUAGGGACCCCUUAGUAACCGGUGACCUUUUCUUUGUGUUUGAUCGGUGAUUUUGCCCGUUUAGCCAUUCUUCUCCUUUGAAAAGCUAAAGUCCCUCCUAAACCAAAUCAUAAGUUCGGAAGGAAAAUUUCCUCUCAUUUAGUCCAUUAGUCUCCUUGACGAAUUCGGGCUAGUUUUUUUUGUUUGGAGUAGUGAGGAUUUGGAUUGAGUUUGGUAAAAUUUGCUACUAAUUUGGAGGUGUUUGAUUCUACAUGCACUGUUGCUUGCGUUGAGUUUGAAGGACCGAGUGGCCAAGCAUAAAUCCUUGCAUCUUUGUGUCGAGUUCUUCGGUUUCUGAAUAAUUCCCAGCAGAUCAGAUCAGAACCCCUUAAUACAGCAACUUUUAAGAACAAUCUCUCUGAAUUCCUCAUGUUUUGUCCUCUGUCAUUGGUUAGUUUGGACUGAUUAAAAUAAUUAAAAAAUGGCUGAAGCAAAGAAGUUAGAUUAUAGAUGCUCACCUCGUAGGGUAUUUUCUGUUAUUUCCAAACUCAAUGGGGAUCAAAAGGAGGUAGUGAAACAAAUGGGAUUUGGGGCACUUUUGGGGAUGAAAGAUUGUGUCGUAAGAAGGAAUCUAGUGACAUGGUUGUUUUCUCGGUUCAACACCCAGGACGGGUCUUUGGAGGUUCAUGGGAAACAAUUUAAAUUGAAUAGUCAAAUAUUUGGUGCUACGAUUGGUGUUAAGGAUGGUGUUGAAAAUUUAUUUCAUGGUAGCAAGAAGAAGCAUUCGAAAAAGAAGGUUGAAAGCACUGCUGUGCAAGUUCUAGAGGAGAAAUUGAUAACAGGUCAAUCGGCGGACAUGUCCUUCGUUCGAGACUUCUUGCUCUUUAUUGUCUCUGUAUUCUUGAUGCCUAAUACGUCUGUAAAUGUUGCUCGCGAAGUGGAGGAUCCUAUAAAGGCCAUAAAUGACAUUGCAGCGGUUUGUCGUGUUAACUGGGCAUCACUGUCGUACAAUUAUCUAUGGAAGGCCCUUCGACGGCAUCAGAAAAACAAAGGCAUGUUUGUCGGAGGAUGCAUAUAUUUUUUACAGUUAUUUUACUGUCAUCACGUUGUUUGGAAGGAAGGAUAUGUUGAUAGAUCCCUCUGCCCUUUAAAUGUAUGGUCUGACGAUGAUUUCAAGGCUAUACUGGAUUGGGUACAGGAGCAUGGGGGGUUUGAAUCAAAUAAAAUUCCAAUGAUAGAGUUGCAGGACGGUGCUGCAGCAUCGAAGAUGCCUGCCACGCUCGCCUCUUUGUGUGAUAAGGUUGAAUCGAUUGAGCACAAAAUGAUUGAAAAGGAAAUAGAAAUGGUAAAAUUUCAUGAGGAUUUGAAGUUGCAAAUGGCCAAGGAAUUCAAACGAUUACGUAGGAGUUUGAGCGGCGGAAUCAGUUCAAGGGUGCGUGGUGGUGGUGUUCCCAAGUAUAGUAAGGGAGAGGAGCCUCGGGAUUCAGCCAUAUUAAUUAAUGACCCUAUCCUAGCAAACAUGCAAAUGGAUGAGAAUAGGAUAUUGGAGAAGCUUUCGAUUAGGAAUGACCCAAUGUUGUUGGAGUGCGGUAUAGGAUUUCGGAAUGAACCUUCUUAUGGAAACUACUCACCCUCCUUCAACGAAAGCAACCUGGGGGAAGUGAAGCAUGACUUCAUUAAUUUUGAAUUAACAUUUUCACCACGGAAGGAGUUGUUCAAUGAGGUCCCAGGAAACACUGACCCAAAUGCUUUUUCCUGUGAACCAUCUAAUUCAGAGAAUGGGAAGACCAUGGUUGAAAUGGACAAAGAUUUCAACGAAUCUCUUGCUAAAGUUAGACCUCCUGAGAAAGAAAAGAAGGAGGUGGAGAAAGGGAAGGAGAAGGAUAUUGUGGAUGAAGUCACGACUCAUGAACCUAGUAUCCCUGGGAUUAUGAUUGAUCAUGUUGUACAUGAAAUAGAGGAAGAUGAUAAUGAGAAGAUCGAUCCUCCCACUCUAAGGAGAGAGAAGGAGCUCUGCAAAUUGGACAACUUGUUUCAGAAUAUGAUUCACACAUACAAUGAAAGCAAUUACUACCAAAUUGGAGCAUUCAAAUUGCGGAGGCCCUUGCCCUUGGCGAGUUUCAAAAUCGCACUUUUCAUUUUUGACUUCAGUUUGUCUUUGACGUAUGUGAUACUUUCCCAUCUUAAAUCAACCAUUUUUUAUGUCUGA